AUGAGAGUGAGAUUGGUUGGUGGCAACAGUCGCUGUGCUGGUAGAGUGGAGGUUCUUCAUAAAGGCCAGUGGGGAACAGUUUGUGAUUAUGCAUGGGAUAUGGCUGAUGCUGCAGUGGUGUGUAGAGAGCUGGACUGCGGAGAACCUCUGGAUGCUCUGCGUGAUGCUCAUUUUGGACCAGGAUCAGGACCAAUCUGGACAAAUCUCAAGUUAUGUACAGGAUCAGAAUCUACGCUAAAGAACUGUGGUUCAAUAGAAUGGGGUUUAUAUUACUGUGAUCAUAAUAAGGAUGCUGGUGUCAUCUGCUCAGGUCAUAAACCUUCCAGACUCAUUAAUGGAUCUAAUCUGUGCUCUGGGAGGCUAGAGAUACUUCAUGAUCAGACGUGGAUGUCAGUGUGUGACGCUGUCUUUGACCAGCAGGAUGCAGAGGUUGUGUGUAGAGAGCUGGACUGUGGGGCUCCUGUACAGGUGCUGGGAGCAGCUGCUUUUGGUAAAGGAGAAGCUCAGAUGUGGACACAAGAGAUUCAGUGUGGAGGAAAUGAAUCUCAGAUUUCAUUUUGUUCAAUAUCAUCAUCAUACAAAUACAGCUGCACCAGUGACAAAACUGUGGGACUGAUCUGUUCUGGUUACACUGAUUUCAGACUGGUAAACAGUUCAGACUGCUGUUCUGGAAGAGUGGAACUUCAGUAUCUCAGUAAAUGGGGCACAGUGUGUGAUGCAUGCUGGGAUAUAAGAGCUGCCAGUGUCCUCUGUAGACAGCUGAAUUGUGGGAUUGCUGUGACUGUUGUGGGAUCAGACUGGUUUGGAGAGGGAAGUAGUGAAAUCUGGGCUGAUGUGUUUGAUUGUGAUGGGAAUGAAACAAAACUCUCAGAAUGUUCCAUCUCUUCAUGGAGUCGAGCUGAAUGUUCUCACAGACGAGAUGUUGGAGUCGUCUGCUCUAGUUCCUCUCUGGCUCUUCAUGAUGGUCUGGUGCGGUUGUCUGGAGACAGACAGUGUGAGGGGAAGGUGGAAGUUUUCAUCCAUCAGGUCUGGAGGAGAGUUCUGCUGGACUCCUGGAGUCUCAUUGAAUCGUCUGUGGUCUGCAGACAGCUGGGCUGUGGCUCUGUGCUGAACUUCUACGGCUCCUCUUCAUCCAGUCCUGAACACAGUCAUGAGUGUGUGACAGGCUUCCAGUGCUCUGGGAGUGAAGCUCAUCUGGGGAACUGCAGCUCUCCACAAACUCUCAACUGCAGCUCCACACAACAGCUGUACAUCACCUGCCUUGGACGGGGGUCCAUCAGGCUGGUGGGUUCUGGGGGAGACUGUGCAGGGAGGCUGGAGGUUUUUCACAGCGGCUCAUGGGGGACAGUGUGUGAUGACUCCUGGGAUAUUAAAGAUGCCCAUGUGGUGUGCAGACAGCUGCAGUGUGGAGUGGCCCUCAGUAACCAGCAGGUACCAGCCUGGUUUGGUCCUGGUUCUGGACACAUAUGGCUGGAUGAGGUGGAGUGUGAGGGGAUUGAGAUGUCCCUGUGGAGCUGCUCUUCUUCAGGUUGGGGAAAACAUGACUGUAAUCACAAGGAAGAUGUAGGAGUCGUGUGCUCAGAGUUUAAAGAGGUCAGGUUAACUGAGGGCUGUGAAGGGAAUGUGGAAGUUUUCUACAAUGGAUCCUGGGGUAAUGUUUGCUGGAACCAGAUGGACAGAGACACAGCGAGUCUGAUCUGUCAAGAGCUAAACUGUGGAAGAUCUGGUGAUUUUUCUGAUUCAAAAUCAAGAGUGAAAUCAGCUCCGAUCUGGUUGGAUGAAGUGAAAUGUCGACCACAUGAUUCAAAUCUGUGGCAGUGUCCAUCUUUACCCUGGGGACAGAAUCAUUGUGAUCAUGAUGAAGUGGCCAAAAUCACCUGCUUAAAACUUGAGAGUCAUGAGAUUCCUAGAAGCCAUUUGUCAUGCACCACAUUUUUCCACCAGAGACAGUGUUCAGAUCAUGUUCCUCUUAGACUGAGUGGAGGGGAAGGCCGGUGCUCUGGAAGGCUGGAAGUGUAUCAUAAUGCUGUGUGGGGCUCAGUCUGUGAUGAUCAGUGGGACAUCAGCGAUGCUCAGGUGGUCUGUAGGCAGCUGGGUUGUGGAGCAGCACUGAGGGCUGAUGGGAAUUUAGUCUUUGGUGCUGGUGAAGGUGUUGUGUGGCUGAACAGAGUCGAGUGCAGAGGGAAUGAGAUUCACCUGUGGGACUGUCCUCUCUCCCUGAAAAACCACACUGACUGCUCCCACAAAGAGCACGCUGGACUCACCUGUGCAGAUUUUCAAGAAUUGUCUGUGUCCUCUACACCUGGCACAACAACAUCAGUCUCUCCUCCACAAACUCCUCCAGCAGCGUCUCUCUCCAUCCCCCCAGUGCUUGUGAUUGUUCUGGGAGUUGUGCUCUUACUGCUUUUAGUGCCACUGCUUAUACUGAUUCAGCAGAACAGAGUGAUGAGGAGAGGACUACACAAGACACCAAAUGAGCCAGUUUAUGAGGAAAUUUAUCACAGACACAAUCUCUUCUCUUAUAGAGGGGAGCUUAGGGAGCGGUAUAAAGUGAGCGGACUUGGAAAACCGGUCUACCACCGUGAGAAUAACAGUAUUACCAGCCGAGGGAGGAAGGCCGGUAAUAAAGUCAAGGCCAAUGUGGGACCAAGGACGCGAAGGAAUGGGAAGUGGUCUAAGGAUGCCGGCAGGCGGAGAGGCCCGUUAGAGAAUACAAACUACCACGAGGGGGCGAAGUACCGGGUAACAGAUCAAUACUACAAUCAUAGGGACGGUGUGGAGGAAGAGAAGUGGCCCUGGACCGACUAA